GGGAAAAUACGUACAAAAUAAUUCUCUGCCAAAAUACUGUAGUGCACGGCAUUGCAUUAGUAGGGAGGUAAAGUUUUGGUUUUCUCAUAGAGCUGAAAGAGGUGUGUUUCUGAAGCUCACUGCUUCACUGAUUUUGAGGCAAUUUCUAGAGAGAGAACACCAGAGAAGAGGAAGAGAAGAGUGCCUCACAAGUUUCACAGUUCGCCAUACCAAUACCCCAUUUCCCCCCUUUUCCAUUCACUAAUUUUUCUGUUCAGAACAACGCCAUUAGUGAAGUUUCAGAGCUCUUUCAACGGAUUUCACAAACCAAGUUUCUGCUACUUCUGAAUUGAUUCUGUGGACUGUGUUCUUCUUUUGGGGAGUUUCUUAUCAAUGAUCAGAUGUUAAUGAUGUUUGUAUUUUACACUGCACAAUGCUGCUGGGUUUCUGCCGAUUCUGAUGGAUUCCUGAAACUAUAUUGUAUUUGUGAAUGAGCCCAAAUAACAUUGAUGUAGACAAGAAGCUAUGGUUUUGUAGGGGUUGGAUUUUCGGAGUGGCGAAUCAAAACAAUGCUGAGGAAGAGAACAAGGUCAGUUCAGAAAGAUCAAUACAGAAUGAAUCAGAUGAAUGUCCCUUGUUCUGGUUCUGAGCUUCACACCAAAUGUAGUUCUAUUUUCAAAAGAUCUCACCUUUUUACUGGGUUGUCUCCUAAAGGUUUAGAGUCCGAUUCGGCCAAAAGUCCAACUUCCCCUCUUGAUUUUUGGGUGUUAUCAAGUUUAGGUAACCCUCUUAGAUCUCCUAGAUCAUCAUCCAAUGAGGGGCAUAGAAAGAACUGGGAUUCUAGUAAAGUAGGGCUGAGCAUUAUUGAUUCUUUAAAUGACGAUGAUAGUAAACUAUUUGGGAAAGUUCUUCGAUCGUCAGAUAGUAAGACCGCUCUCUUUGGACCUCGAAGUGUGGCCAAGAAAUCUAAUUGUCCACCACAGGCAAAUCUUAUCCAGGGACCUAAAUCCUUGCCUAAAAACUAUCCAAUUUUCCAGGUACCGAAGACCAAAACUCCCAUUGAACAGGGAAACUCUGAUGUGAUUUUUGAAAUUGGAGAAACCCCGUUAGAAUAUGAGCCUUUUGGGAACUACUCUCGUUCUUUUGAUUCCUACAGGGGAUUUGCUCCUCGAGCUGUUAUAAAUGGUCUCAGUGUUAGCAGUUGUAGUACUACUACUGAGAGUGUUGCUUCUCCUUGUUUAGGUGAAGAACCUCGAGUGUCCGAAAAAUAUCCUCUCACAAAACCGUGUUCGAUUUCUUUAGGCUUAUCCUGUGAUAACGGAUCUAAUAAGCCUCUCUCAGCAAGUGAUAUCGAGCUGUCUGAAGAUUAUACAUGUGUAAUUUCACAUGGUCCGAACCCGAAAACUACCCAUAUUUAUGGUGACUGCAUUUUAGAAUGUCACUCUAAUUAUUUGAGCUCAUCUUCUGAGAAUGAAAUGAAGGAGAUGGGAUUUCCUCAUCCUCUUAAAAGCUUGAAUACCCCCACUUCAUAUUCAUUAACCGACUUCUUAAGCAUGUGCUACUCCUGUCACAAGAAACUGGAUGAGGGAAAAGACAUUUACAUUUACAGGGGGGAGAAAGCCUUCUGUAGUCUAACAUGCCGUUCCCAGGAGAUGUUGAUGGACGAAGAACUAGAGAAAUCCAUCGACAAAACCUCCGAAAGUUCUCCCAAGUCCAGUGCUGACCAUGAUGAGGACCUUUUUGAAACCAGCAUUGGUGGCUUUGCAUAAGCACUCGCUUCCAGUGGCUGGCCACCAUGCCCGUGGUUGAUGAACCUAUCAAAGGCGACAGACACCCUUUUGGUCAUCUGUUUGAAAAGAGCUGUUUUUAUGUCCAUUGGUGGCAGCCAUGGAUGAUCACUUUUUGUAAAAUGAUGGUGUUUGUUUGCUUUGCUUCACCUCCCAUAGUCAUAGUGGAUGAUAAUCUUUGGCCUUUUUUCCUUUUUAACAUAAAAUUGACUGUGAAUGCCCUGUGAGCCUAUUUUUUGUGGCUCUUUUUUGAGUUUUUUUUUUUUUUUUCUGGCUUAUGAUUAUGGCCAGAAAAUAAAAUGAUGUAUGGACUUGAGCCUCCACCUUUGAAUAGAAUGGCAGUUUCAGUUCCAUAUUACAACUUUGAUGCUUGUGGUAUGAACCUAACUGUGACCUUUUUACCCCCCUUUUAAA